UACCUGUGACGUUGAAUUGCUUCCAGGAUAUCCCUUACAUUGUAACUGGCGCCGGGAACUACGACCUUCGUGCCAGUGAUGACAGACACGCCGAGAGCGAUCAUCAUCCCUCGUGCGUGGACGAAGAGGAGUAGCGACGUUCUUGCAGAGGCCACCACGGGUGCAGACUCUCUCAAGCAAGUCCGGGUGGAGUCUCUAAACCGCGAUAACCGCUCUGAUUGGCUGUCUCUCUGAAACCAAUUGCGGCGUAGCCCACAGCGGUUAUCAUUUCCUGCAUCAUGUACCGUUGCUGCUAUAAAAGACGCGAUGACGAAGGCAAAUCCGUUAGCAGCGCGUCUCAACUGCCUCAACAUGUCUCCACUCUUCGCCGUCUUCCUGCUGGGAUGUGCCAGCAUGGCAUUGUGUCAAAUCCCAGGCGGUUUCAACGUGCAGGACCCGCAGUCCAACAGCCUGUACUUGGAACUGGCUCAUUUAGCUGUGUCUUCUCAGGUGGAAGGCAAACAGUAUUACGACACCGUUGUUGAGCUCCUCGAAGUUCAAACUCAGGUUGUCGCUGGAUUCAACUAUAGACUGAAGGUGCUGACGGCGCCAUCCAACUGCCAAAUUGGAGUGCACCAGUACAGCAAAGAGCGUUGUACUCCGCAAAGCAGCGCGCCUACUAAAGUCUGCGUCGCAGAGUUCUUCCAUGGCCUCUCGAGUGAACCUUCCCUCACUUCCUAUUCAUGUGAUGCCUAAGAAGAGAAUAAGGCGUUAUUCGUCGUGUCAUUAGUAGUAUUAAAACUUGUUCAGUUACUGACA